CUUAAGAGUCACAUGACACAACUCUGAGUGUGAAGAGGGAGUCCGGUCGGUCGUCAGAUAACGUGAAUCAAAUCAAACCCUUUCCAUUUCAGUUGCUCUGCCUGCUAUGUAAAGGAAGGGCAGAGUAUGGAGAAUGAUGAAUUUUCGUCAGCGGAUGGGAUGGAUUGGUGUGGGCCUGUAUCUGUUAGUCAGCGUUGUGGUGGUGUAUUACGUCUUUGAGAUCAAACGCUUCACGCUGGAGCACGUUGAGAGGGCUGAAUACCAGCAGGGCGGCGCUGCUUCCUCUCCCCUCCCCUCCUCUCUCACCUGGAGCCAAAGCCUCAAGACUCGCCUGCUGCACCUCCCCUUCUGGGUGUGGGUCACCAUCUUUCUCAUCCCUUACCUCCAAGUUUUCCUGUUCCUCUACUCCUGCACUCGGGCAAAUCCCAAAACAGUGGGCUACUGCAUCCUGCCCAUUUGUUUGGCAGUGCUGUGUAACCGUCACCAGACCUUUGCGAAAGCAUCCAAUCAGAUCAGCCAGCUGCAGCUGAUUGACACCUAACAUGGGCAACUGACUGAACUACUGACAGCAGGUAGUUGAGUGGGCAGUGCCUGUAGAGGAUGAUUCAGGCUGGUUUUAGACUUGUAGUACACUGUGGGUGAGGGUGUCUCCCCACCUGCCACCCAAUGACUGCUGGGAUAGGCUCCAGCAUCCCCCACAACCCUGAGAGCAGGAUAAGUGGUUGGGUAAUGGAUGGAUAGCACACUGCACUAAGCUGCAUAAGCAACCCACUGACACUGGGCUUUUUGUCAUGAGGAAGUGGGUAGAUAUCUCGAUGGUACGUGUUCUACAUGUGAUUUCUUACAAUGAACAAAAAGUGGACCAAAAGGGAUGAUAAGGGGACGGUGAAUCCAAUCCCCCAUAUAAAUCUUUCAAAAAAAUAUCAUUUUGUUCCAUGCAUUUGAAUAGUGUUAUUUCAUGUUUACUCAUUUUGCCCAAGUUUGGUCAGUCCAAUAGUUUCAGUUUUCUGGGAUCAGUAUUUUCCAUCAAAUCAGUAGCUUGUGCCUUUACAAAUUUGCCCUUAAAUGUCUGAAGAGAGCCCACACAAAACUCACCACUUUCCAAAUUACAUUUACUUAUACUGGAUUCAGUUGUUGAUGGAUACAAACCUCAUGUUUUAUUGAUGACCAGAGCUGCAGAAAAAAGUUUUAGGUUUCCUUUAACUUUUUGACACUGAUAGUUGUUUAAUGAUGAGGAAUAUUUGUGAAAUGCAGAGCUAGUAGCAUCUUUGGCCAUAAUUCUAGACGUGUCAUCCUCAUCUGGCGUGAAUGGUUACUGUGGUGAGACUGAUGUAGCAUCAAACCAAAAGCCUGAAUUUAUGUCUGUUCUUAUAAAUUAGUUUUUGUAUUAGUAAAGGUUAUUGGGGAAUACACCGUUUUCAAGUGCUAUUCACAUGACUAAUUGACUCGGUGCUAGUUCAUGAACCAAGAACAAUUGAGAUGCAUGGUAUGGCACUCGUAGCGGCUUAAACAUCGACAAAGGUUGCUAUUUCUAGCAUGCAGAUAGUCGUAGGGUUAGGGGGUACAUCCACUACAGUUAUCAGGUAAAAGUAAGUUAAACCGUUCAGUCAGGAAGGGGAUUUAACAAUAUAUUCUGCAGUGUGUUGUAGCCUACCUAUCCAUUCAACAGUUACCAAAAUAUGUUAUUUAAGCAGGUUCAAGCAGUGUCUUUAACAAUUACUAGAAAAAUAAAACUAGGUUUCAUUUUAACACAUCUAAAUGACCUUUCAUAGCAAACAAGGUAAUACAUUAAUAAACAGUAAAACAAAUAAACAACUUCAUAAUCGAUAGAAGCAACAAAAUACAGCCAAAACAUUAUUUCACGUUAAGUCUAAAGUGGUAACUUGUGGAGCUACUUCAGAGCUCCCCAAGUGGUUCUGAGGUCGAGGCAGGGCAGCAUCCAGGUUCUACAAUCUCCAGGUCCUAGUGACAAAAUUAGCAUCAGGAUCAAGUCAAGUCCAUUUUAUUUGUAUGGCCCAAUAUCACAAAUUACAAGUACUACGUGUUAUUUCACAUACCGUGCAGGGAGAGCCCUGCAGCAUGACUGAAACGUACCCAAGAGUUAAAUGAAAUGGCCUCAGCUGUGCAAAUGAGAAUGAGCAGCAGACAGCUGAUGUGUGCGUACCUAGUCAUGUGACUUGUUGCUGUGGCGUGCUUCCUCUCACCACAGUGGCGUGUCUGCUUCACAUGUUCCCUGCCAGUUGUUCUCCUUGCUUCAUGUGCUUGUUGCAGCAAAAACACAGCCCUGCACAUCUCUUAUGCUACUGUGCGCUUGUUUGGAACUUGUCUUAACAAAGUUUAAGAUGUGAAUGCCUUUGGACUUUUAAAAUUGUUCAGCAUUUUAAGCUCAUUUUUGAAUCUAUCUAAACUGUUAGUACUAUUUAACACUUUUGAUAUUUACCUUUCCGUGAAAAAUGCUCCCUUAUAAAAUAAUGAUGUUGUAGGGCAUUCAACACCUACAGUGGAGGGCUGAUGUCAAAAUUUACUCCAGGCACCUCAGACUUGCACUGAAUUUACAAAUCAGCUGACAUUUUCUUCAUAAAAUACCUUUCUAGUUUUAAGUACAGGUUACUUUUUAUCUAUAUUGAAGGGUCGGCAUAAAACUCCCCAAUAUUUUAGCUGAACCUUUCCACUCGUGUGAUCCACCGUGGGGUUGUUUAUUACCUUUGAUCACCUUACCCAGUUCACCAGUCAGAGGGAUUGCUUGAUGUGUAGUGGCAUUAUUCUGGUCCCAGCAGACAACAGUGACGUCUUCAGGAUUAGUCCAUAUACCAAAGACCUCUGUCAACACCCACUGUGUCUACAUUGACAAAUGGCUGCUCAGGCUGUGGUCCUUUUCAAAGAGGCUUUUGUCUUUGUGUAUCUGAUGCUCACGAUACCUCGUGGACCCACCAUUGGGGUAAGGUGCAAUGCAGGCCGGGCGGCAGGCAAAGGCGGGGACUGGGGCAAGCCGACUUCCGGCAUCGCAGACUGGUCCAGGAGUACCAACUGGGAGGAGACCUCAGGGCAGACCCAGAAUUCGCUGGAGGGACUACAUGUCCAAUCUGGCCUGGGAACGUCUUGGGAUCCCCCAGGAGCUGGAGGGCGUUGCUGGGGAGAGAGACAUCUGGAGUGCCCUACUUCGCUUGCUGCCACCGCAUCCCAGAGAAGCGGCUGAUGAUGAGAUGGUGUAUCUGAUGCUCCUUUCUUUGUAAAUCUAAAUGCACUGGGGCUAUAACAGGUCUGGACUUCCUGUUUAGUAAAUGCAAUUCUACUGUCCUUUCCAUUCAAACCACAGAAAGUGGAAUCAGCUCGUCUGGACACAGCGCUUAUUGAGAGAAAUAAACAGUGUCCAGAUGAGCCGAUUCCACUUUCUGUGGUUUCCUUACCUGGGUUAAUGAGUAUACAACAAGACACUUUCUGAGUGACAAGGUGGCCUGAAAAACUGUCAUUUUCCCACAAGGAAGUUGGUGUAUUCAUCUGUGGGUCAUUGGGCAAGGCAUCAAAGAC